AUGUCCGCCGCAGGAGACCAAGAGAUGCCCCUCAAAUCAGACCGUUACUGUCGGAUGGUGGGAUGGGUCCGCAUCCUCUCUAUCAAUGGUGGUACCACCGGUGCCUCUGAUGGCCUUCUCGUCGGUGUCGUCCUCACCUGCCUCAAGACCUCCCUCUGCAAGCUCUCCGGCGACCCCACUGUCCGGAUUGCCAACUUCUUCACCCACGGCCCCGACGGGCAACUGUUCUUCUCUGCCUCGAGACAUCCACCCAACAUAUAUCUCGAGAGUAACACAUUGAUCGGGGUUAUUCCAACUUCCAUUGGUAACCUAUCAUCACUCACACGACUCUCCCUCCUUUACAAUCACCUGGGUGGAAGCAUUCUGGAUGACAUCGGCCGCCUCACGACCCUUGAACUUUUUCAAGCAGGUGCCAAUUGUCUUACAGGUGCAAUUCCUAGCAAGCUGUACAACAUCUCAUCAUUGCAAAAAUUCUAUGUGGCUGAAAAUAAGCUGCAAGGAAGCAUUCCAACUGAUAUGGGCAUCACGCUUCCUAGUCUUCACACCCUCGUAUUGGGUGGCAACCAGUUUGAUGGACCCAUUCCAACUACACUGGCAAAUGCCUCAGGACUUGAACUCAUUUGCAUUCCAGAUAAUCAUUUUAGUGGAAGGGUGCCAUCUGAGCUGGGAAGGCUACCAGGCCUUUACCUUCUUAAUGUAGAAAAGAAUCACCUGGAAGCAGGAGAUGCCAAGGGGUGGGAAUUUCUCGACUCUCUCACAAACUGCAGCCAGUUAACGGAGUUGGCACUCGACGACAAUAUGCUAGGAGGCAUGUUGCCCAACUCAGUAAUCAACCUCUCUUCACAGCUCCAAGUAUUGGCUCUGGGAGGAAACCAUAUAUCAGGGAGAAUCCCACAUGGAAUUGAAAACCUAGCCAAACUACAGAUGCUUGCUUUCGAGUAUAACCUUUUCACUGGGGCUAUUCCAGAAAGCAUUGGGAACCUUGCAAGGCUAGUGAUGUUGAGCUCAUCUUUUAACAGGUUUACAGGACAGAUUCCAUUCUCCCUAGGCAAUCUCACACUACUGACUAAACUCUGUUUGGACCAGAAUAACCUGCAAGGCCCCAUACCUCAAAGUCUUGGAAACCUGCAACACCUAUCAACCUUGGACCUCUUUGCCAAUCAUCUUAGUGGAACCAUACCCAAAGAGAUUUUGAGCCUUCCCGCCUUGUCCCUUUAUCUAAAUUUAUCUGACAAUUUAUUGGAUGGAUCCCUCCCUCUAGAGGUCGGGAGAUUAAAGAAUCUCCAUGCUCUAGAUAUUUCUAGGAACAUGCUGUCUGGUAAUAUUCCCAGCACACUUGAUGACUGUGAGAUCUUGGAGUACUUAUAUCUGGGUAACAACUUGUUCCAAGGGACAAUUCCCAAAUCCUUGGGCAACAUGAGAGGCCUUCGGGAAUUAGAUCUCUCACAUAACAAUUUAACCGGGCCUAUUCCAACAUUUCUAGAGGAGUUGAAACAACUGCAAAUGUUGAAUUUGUCUUUCAAUCAUCUCGAAGGUGAAGUGCCAGUAAAGGGGGUCUUUAAAAAUGCUACUCAGGUUUCCAUCAAAGGAAAUAGUCGGCUCUGUGGGGGUGUUCCAGAAUUACAUUUGCCCGCAUGCCCAGGAAAGUCAUACAAAAAGAGAAAGUGGCCUCUGCUACUGAAAAUAGUGUUUCCAAUAGCUGGUGCAGUCCUGUUUAUGAUCCUUCUAUUCUUCCUUUUUACCCUUCCACAGAAACGGAAGUUGAAAAAUAAUGCUCCAAUUGUAUCUCCAUUGGAAGAUCAAUUCCCUAGAGUUUCUUACAAUGAUCUGAUUAGAGCAACUGACGGAUUCUCUUCCACUAAUCUCAUUGGCAGAGGAGGGUAUGGUUCUGUCUAUAAAGGCAUCUUGAGUCCUCAUCAAACUAUUGUUGCUGUGAAGGUUUUCAACCUUCAAAAUCGAGGAGCUUCAAAGAGUUUUCUAGCUGAAUGUGAGGUUCUGAGAAGUGCUCGACAUCGAAAUCUUGUCAAGGUCAUGACUUCCUGCUCAAUGGUUGAUUUUAGAGGCCACGAUUUCAAAGCUCUGAUUUUUGAGUUCAUUCCUAAUGGAAGUCUAGAGAAAUGGUUACAUCCAAAAUUAGAUGGGCAUCAUCAUACAAAAAGCCUAAGCCUGCUUCAAAGGUUAAACAUAGCGAUUGAUGUGGCUGAUGCAAUCGAUUACCUUCAUAAUAAUUGUCAGCCAUCUAUUGCUCAUUGUGAUCUAAAGCCUAGCAAUGUACUCAUUGAUAAUGAGAUGGUUGCUCAUGUGGGGGACUUUGGUCUGGCGAGGUUCAUGUCUAAAGCUUCAACAAACUCGUUGGCGGACAAGAGUGGCUCAAUCCGGAUAAAAGGAACCUUUGGAUAUAUUGCCCCAGAAUAUGGUGCAAGUGGUCAGGUAUCUACUUCUGGUGACGUUUAUAGCUAUGGAAUCCUUCUCUUGGAGAUGCUUACCAGAAAGAGUCCUCUUGAUGAUAUGUUCAAAGAUGGCCUAAGCCUUCAAAAGUUUGUCAAGAUAGCUUUUUCUAAAAGAGUCAUGACAAUUGUGGAUCCGCUAAUGCCACUUCUGGAGGAUGAGAAUAAAACUCGUGAAUGCUUAAUAUCCAUGGCAAGAAUUGGUCUUUCUUGCUCAAAUGAAUCCGUGAGAGAAAGAUUGAAUAUAAGUGAUGUUGCCAUGACUAUGCGUAAAAUUAGGGAUGCCUGCCUUGGGACUCAAGUUCAUUAGAAGAUCUGGUGAAGCUUAAGUGGAAGGUAAAGUCUGUCUUGGUAUCUUUCCUCCAGUAACUGUUAAGUUGCAGCGUUUGGUGUUAUAAACCUAUUUCCUAGUGUUGAACUUCUUUGAGACUUGA